AUGCCUCAGUACGGCGAUCUGUACGGCGCGACGCGCUACAACUACCCCGCGUACCCGACCUACUCGCGCUACAGCCACCUCUACAAGCCCCACCUCACCACCAUAUCGGAGAUAUCGCUGCCCUACCGGCGCCUCAACGCGCCCAAGCUCUACCUCCCAUCCACGCGCCCCCAGCGCCCCAUCAAAGUCAUCGACACCGCCGACAUCGACGUCUCGUCGGGGCGCUACAAGAAGUUCGAGCGGCGCAGCAAGCCGCAGGAGGCGCGCCCCAGCGAGCGCGUCAGCCGCGACAGGGGCACGGUGCGCCUGCGCACGCUGCACCCCGACCGGCUGCGCCAGCAGAUCAGCGGCAAGACGCUGGGCCAGCUGCUGAAGGAGAAGUUCCUCAUCCGGUCGCGCAGCAAGGAGAAGGCGUUCGCGCGGUCGGCGAGCUUCCGCGACAUCUGCGACGCCAUCACGUCGGAGGGCGUCGAGGCGGAGCUGAAUCCGGGACAGCCGGAGGCGGUGCGCAGGCGGCAGAGCCGCGGCGAUCUGCUCGACGACAUCCGCAGGGCUUCGAGGGAGCUGUCGCCGGAGGAUCUGCGCGUGCUGAAUUCGAUUCUGGCGGCGGAAGGGAGCGAUUCGGGGGAUAGUUCCGACGACGAGUUCACGUUGUACCGCGUCGAACGAGAACCGAGAGGAGUUGUCGAAGCUGAAGCUUCGAAAUGUGCGGCGGAAUGCUCGGCGCAAACUGAACAAUACCCAUCGAGAUAUCCGGACGGUUCGUUGCUGAUAGAAUCUCUUGAAGGAUCCGAAAGUGUAGCUGUUGAUGAGCGAAUUGAAGCUGGCGAUUGCGUUGGCGAACGAAUUGGAGAAGAGGGAAAAGUUGUGAAUAAAUCGAUUGAGAACGUUAAAUCUUUUCAAGAAGUUAAAGCUGUUUGUAAACCAAUUGAAGAAGUAAAAGCUUCUAGUAAGCAAAUUGAAGAAGUUAAAACUGCUGGCAAGCAAAUUGAAGAAGUGAAAGCUUCUGGUAAGCAAAUUGAAGAAGUUAAAGCUACUAGUAAGCAAAUUGAAGAAGUUAAAGCUUCUGGUAAGCAAUUUGUAGAAGUUAAAGCUUCUGCUAAGCCAAUUGAAGAAGUUAAAGCUGUUGGCAAGCAAACUGAAGAAGUUAAAGCUGCUGGAAAGCAAUUUGUAGAAGUUAAAGAUUCUGGCAAGCAAAUUGAAAAAGUUAAAUCUGUUGAUAUACCAAUUAAAGAAGUUAAAGCUGUCGGUAAGCAAAUUGAAAAUAUAAAAACUUCUGGUAAGCAAUUUGAAGAAGUUAAAACUAUUGGUAGGCAAUUUGUUACUUCUGAAGCUAGUGAAAGUAAACAAAUUGAAGAACGAAUCAACAGAAUCCAUCCAACAGUACAAUUAACAGAAGAAAAACCUAUCGAACAAGCUAAAAAACUUGUUGGUAACAAAACUAUUAAACCAAGCAAAGAGGAAGAAUCCAAGCCAGAAGAAAUUCCUACUGUACUAGCAGACGAUAACAAAGCUACCAAUCAAAUUGUCGAUGAAACAGAAGCACCCAAAGACAUUUCAAACGUCGAAAUAGAAGAAAUCAAGUUCAAAUUCAAACCGAAAAUCACAUCGACAUCAUCGAUCGAAGAACCGCCUUCGCCCAAACGCACCUUGGUAGCCGUCGUAGACGAAGUCGAAGUACAAACACCCCCGAAAGACAAAGAAAAGAAGCUCAAGCUCAACGUCUGCGUGUCCAUAGAGCUCGCCAAGAAAGAACCCAAACCGAAGCGGGUCGAUCAAGGAGUGUUCGCGCCGCCGGCCGCCCGCCGGCCGCUCCUCCACCGCCUCCUCGCCGGCCGCCCGCCCGCCCACCAGCACCAGCAGCUGCGCGAGCUCCAGAAGACCAAGAAGAAGAAGAAGAAGCGCAGCCCGAAGGUCACCUCGAAGCGCUCGCUGCUCCAGAAACCCAUGAAGGACGAUCCGGAUUUGAGCGUGUUCGUGCCGCCCGAGGAACCGCCGGCGGAGGCACCGGCGCAGGCCGAGCCUGCGUUCGUGCCGCUGCAGUCCAACAGGCUCUCGCAGUGGAUGCACCCGUGGUCCAAACCCGAGCAGUACGACGAGUGUCCCGUGGAGAUCUACGCCCGUCCGAAGGUCAUCAAGGGCCGGCACUAUCCGAGGGGCAGGAAGAACAGGCACCAACAGCAGCAGCAGCAGCCCCAGGGGCCCGCCGACAGCGACGACGCCACCACCACCACCACCGAGGAGGAGGACGAUGAGGAGGAAGACGAAGAGGAGGCCACCAGUGUCAGUUUGAAGUCCAACGAUUCCGGAUUCGGGUCGACCAUUCCGGAGAAAUUGAACGCGCAACCGGAGAAUCGAGUGGGCCAGGUUUGCGAUCGGGACGAGCUCGACGUGGAGGAUUUCCUCACGGAUUUGCGGAAAUGCGGGAAAAUCAUUCCCCCGGCCACCACGAUUCCCAGAUUUAAGAAAUAUUGCGCGGAAGAUUUCGAAUUUCGCAAAGUCCUGGGCAAGGGCAGCUUCGGCAAGGUGAUGUUGGCCAAAUUGAAGGAUACCGAAUAUUAUUACGCGGUGAAAUGUUUGAAGAAAGACGAGAUAAUCGAAGAUAAUGACAUCGAAUGUACUUUGAUCGAAAGAAAAGUACUCGCUUUGGGUACCAAACAUCCGUUUCUCUGCCAUUUGUUGUGCACAUUUCAAACCGAGUCCCACCUGUUUUUCGUGAUGGAAUAUUUGAACGGCGGCGAUUUGAUGUUCCACAUCACCACGACGGGCUACUUCUCCGAAGACUACGCUCGAUUUUACUCUGCAGAAGUCAUCUCCGGCUUGCAGUUCCUCCACAGCAAGGGCAUCAUCUACAGGGAUCUGAAAUUGGACAACGUCAUGUUGGACUUCGACGGUCACGUCAGAUUGGCGGACUUCGGCAUGUGCAAGUUGCAGAUAUUCCUCGAUAGAAUGGCGGAAUCGUUUUGCGGCACGCCGGAUUAUAUGGCUCCAGAGAUAAUUAAAGGGCUGCACUACAAUCAAUCGGUCGAUUGGUGGUCUUUCGGAGUUUUACUCUACGAAAUGCUUUCGGGGCAAUCGCCCUUUAGCGGUUGCGAUGAGGACGAAUUGUUUUGGUCCAUUUGCAACGAAAAGCCGGUGUUUCCGAAACAUUUUUCCACUAACGCCGUUGAAAUAUUGAAAUUGCUGCUGGAAAAGGACCAAAGCAAACGAUUAGGCAACAGAUUUUGCGAGCACGGUUCUAUUAGAGACCACGCUUUCUUCAAAAACAUUGAUUGGUCCGAUUUGGAGGCGAGGAGAAUCGAGCCCCCUUUCAAACCCCAUUUGGUGCAUCCGUUGGAUACGCAGUAUUUCGACGCGCAUUUCACCAAGGAAACGGUGAAAUUGACGACGGGCGAGGAACCGGCUCAGGAGAGGAUAGAUCAGACGCAGUUCAGGGGAUUCAGCUACACGAAUCCCAACGCGUGCGAUAGAUGA